UCCAUUUUCAUCUUCUUCUUUACUCAAUUCAUUCAUCGGAAUUUAUUUUUCUGUAAUUUCAACGAUGCCGCUGUGAUCAGUUUCUCGUCUUGUUUUCCGGCGGCCGGCGGCGAGUCUGCAACGAUGAUGAGGAGCAAAAGUAGUCGCGUUUUGACUCUGGAAGAGUCGCUGAGAAUGAAAGGAAUUGUAGCGAUUUUGGGCGGCGCCGGCGACGGCACCGGCGGCGGAGAUGUAACUGCUAAAGCGACGUCGUUUAGAAGGACGCUGUCGGCGGAUAUGUCUUCCAAGCAAUGGCUUUCUCAGAAUGGAAUGAUUAAGAAGAGCGUCUCCUCCGAUCAGGUCUCCGCCUCCGCCUCCGCCUCCGCCGCCGUUGAUUCCUCGCCGUCUUCUUCCGACGGGGAGGACUGUGAAAAGAGUUCGCCGAAACACCGCCGUGAUUGGAUAAUGCAGAAAUCAGAGGGGUGGAAUUCGAUUUUUCAUUGCCGGAAACCUAACGACGGCGGAGGUCUGGCGGAGCCGUACAUUCACCCGACGGGGAAGAGAUCGGCGAACGGUCUGAGCGAGAAGAGUCUCGAAAUUUGUACGGAAAGCCUCGGAUCGGAGACCGGAUCGGACUAUUUCUCGCCGGAUUCAGGCGCCGAUGAGAAAUUAGGGCACAGAGAAGUCGGAUUUGGGGAAGAAGACGAUCGGAUGAGGAAAACGGAACAAUUCGAGGAAUCAAACCUCCCAAAGUACAGAGAAUCUCCGCGGCGGCCAUUUCCGCCGCCGAUCUCGUCGAUCGCCGGCGGUUCUCUCCGGCUGCACUCACGGCGGAGCGACGGCCGUCUUCUUCUCCAGGCGGUUUCCGUCCCCUCAAAGACAUAUUUCCACGCCCAACGCCGCGACGGCCGAUUAACUCUGACCUUAAUCUCGCAAAACAACGAAGCUACCGCAGAAACCGCCGCCGAGGAAGAAGAAGAAGAACGGCGGGGAGAGCCGAUCGGAGAGGAGAAAGCAGAGGCGGCGAAGAUUGAAGAAUUGAAAGGGCAAAAAUCACCUCCGGCGAGCCCAAUUAACGCGUACGAUUACUUCUGGCGUAAGAAGACGGCGGCGGCGGCGACGGCCAUUGGAGCGGAGGUGAAGAACAGAAAGGGUAAUGGAAAUGACGAAUUUGGGUAUGGUGGAGAGAUAAUGAGAUGUAAAGAAGCUCGGAGAAGAUUACUCGCCAUUUACCCGCCAUAUUGCAUUGCUACAUCUUAAUAUACAUUUUUAAUAAAUAAAUGUAUUAUAUACAUGUGAUAAAUUUUUUGUUGUGUGUUUUUGUGAGCAGCUGAGGUGGAUUUUUGAUUAAUUUCUUAAAUGAGUGUAAUAAGGUUUAUGUUUUAAUGACCUAUCACACAUGGUUUAUACAUAUACAUACGUGUCUAUUAAUAACAUAUGAUAAUAGUUUACAUAACAAAUUAAUAGUGUAUAUUAAUAUUUCU